AAACGCCCAUUAAUGGCAAGCUUAGCCCCCCGCGCUAAUCGCCUCCUCCUACUAAUUCCUUGCGUCUCGCUUCGGCCACCGCCCACCACCACCUCCUCUCGCCUCUCGCCCCCGCAUCGCCGCUUCCUCCCUCCCCCACCUCACGAGACCGUUUUUUUUCUUUUUUUUUUGUGUUACCGCCAUGGCCGCCGCGUUGACCCGCUCGUCGUCCGUCCGUUCCGCCAUCCGACGGCUCGGAUCCUCCCGCGCCUUCUCCGCAUCCGCCGCGGCGGCCCCGCGCCGCGACGCGAGGGGGGCGGCGGCCGCGGCGGUGGCGGUGGCUGCCGGGUCGGGGCUGGGGAUCUGGCUGCUGCCGCCGUCGCCGCGGCCGCUGGCGGACUCCGGGCAGGCGGGGAAUGAGGUGGCGGCGUUCGGCGACGUCGCGGAGGAGGAGGAGCGGGAGGAGAAGCGCAGGUUCCUGUUCGGAGACUCGUAUCGCAGAAGGGUGUUCUUCAACUACGAGAAGAGGAUUCGGACGCGCAGCCCUCCUGAAAAGAUCUUUGAAUAUUUCGCGUCCAUCCGGAACCCAGAGGGUGAAGUUUACAUGUUACCCGCCGAUUUGAUGAGGGCGGUUGUCCCCGUUUUUCCUCCAUCUGAAUCGAAAAUUGUCAGGGAAGGGAGUCUCAGGGGAGAGCGCAACCCUGGCGAGCUACACUGUGCCCCGUCUGAAUUUUUCAUGCUGUUUGACACGAACGGAGAUGGGCUCAUCUCCUUUGCCGAGUACAUCUUUUUUGUGACAUUGCUUAGCAUUCCUGAAUCAAGUUUCAACAUAGCUUUCAAGAUGUUUGACCUUGACCACAGUGGGGAAAUAGACAAAGAAGAGUUUAAGAAAGUAAUGGCACUGAUGCGGUCCUAUCAUAGGCAAGGAGCUGCCCAUAGGGAUGGUUUACGUUUUGGUCUUAAGGUUGGUCAGUCAGUGGAAAAUGGUGGACUGGUUGAGUACUUCUUCGGCAAGGAUGGCAAUGAACAGUUACGCUAUGAUAAGUUCUCCAAUUUUUUGAAGCAAUUGCAUGAUGAGAUUGUUCGCUUGGAAUUCAGUCACUAUGAUGUCAAAUCAUCCAAGACAAUAUCUGUGAAGGACUUUGCAUUAUCCAUGGUUGCUUCUGCAGAUAUGAAUCACAUAAACAAGCUACUUGACAGAGUUGAUGAUUUUGAUGAUUAUCCUGAUCUCAAGGAUUUGCGCAUUACCUUUGAGGAGUUCAAGGCUUUUGCUGAUCUGCGGCGAAAAUUAGAACCAUUUGCAAUGGCAAUCUUCAGCUAUGGCAAAGUAAACGGUUUGCUGACCAAGCAGGAUCUAAAACGUGCAGCAACUCAUGUUUGUGAAGUGGACUUGACUGAUAAAGUGGUGGACGUCAUUUUCCUUGUGUUCGAUGCAAACCGGGAUGGGAGCCUUAGCGCAGAUGAGUUCUUGAGGGCAUUGCAAAGACGAGAAAGUGAUAUUCGCCAGCCAGCUUCUUCAGGUUUAAUGGGAGUAUUUACCUGUUUGUUGAACUGUACAAAGUGUUCUCUUCAGCAGACUGUGAUCUAGUGCUGGGGAGCGAAAACGACCACCCACUGGAGUUCUGCAAACACGAUUUUGCUGUAAAUAGUCUUGCUUAUCAAAGUUACCGAAACAUGUAGCAGCUGCAAAUAACAUGUUUCGCACUAAGCCCAAGGCUUCGCUGACAGAACUCUACUCCACUAAUGUAAAAUGAACCUAUGACAUGGAACCUCGUUAACUGUCUACGCCUUGAUUCAGUUACUAUAUCCUUACAUGUCUACGUUUGGAUAUCAA